AGGGGCGCGGUGUCGGUAGGAACAACGUGUGCACGCUAGUGCGUCGUCGUAUCUCCUUUCGCGCUUGCCGUCGUGAAAUACGAAGUAGUAAUAGAAGCGCGACGAUGACGAGGGCACGUCGUACGAUCGCCUGAUCGCGUUGCUAGGAAUCUACGGAAACAGGCGAAAUCGCGAGUGAUCUUCUUUCGAACGAAAUUUAUCUACGAUAUAAACAUAAAGAAGGAAUUGUUUGAUAUAAAGCAUAGAAAUAGAAAAGAUAUAAAGAUUAAAUCUUCACCUUGCGAAAUAUUCAUUGCAAUUUCGUUGUAUUGACAUCGUUACUUCAGAUAUUUCUAACUUUCUCUUUUUCAAUAUUUCGUCGGUUUGUCUGUUGCUUGUCGUGGAAAAUCGUCAAGCACCAAAAGGGAUCAUAGAGGAGGACUCAGGCAAUAGGAUAGCGGCGGAAAGUUGGCGGGAAAAGUUCGUCGACACGAAGAACGCAAAUAUCCAGAGAUCAAACUGUCACCUGGUUUUAUUCAAGCUCGACAAAGUGAUUCCCGAAGUGUUCCCUCCGCAGUUCUUCUCAUUGCUCCCGUUUUCGUUGGCUUCACGUUCGCUGUAAUAGCACGCCGAUACGUUCACUUUGGACCUAUUUUCACGGAUCGAGCUCAGCAAGGGUGGUGGGCUGACAUUAUACCAGCAAUUCGUUUCUUAAACUUUGGUAGAGGAAACGAGGGUAACAUUGACAGAGAGGCAGACGACAAGGAGAAUUCGGAACAGGACGUGAACAGGUCCAACGAUUCGAGCAGCACCAUGUCGGAAAAUCCAGUGAGCUUCGUCGUCGGGGAGCCCGACAAUGAUCGCAGCGAGGAAUUGGAGAUCGAGGAUAGCUUCCCAUCCGAAUCAUACGAUAUUACCACAACGCAGGUGCAGCAGAAUGCCAUGGCUGGUUUGAUCGAGCGCCGCAAGCGCCUCAGGCCCAGCAUGUCGCAGGGCACGGUGAUGAUUCAGACGCAGAGCCGGUUACAGGAAAAGGACUUCACUAUUGCCACACCCGAGGAGUUUGUUCAUCGUUUCGGCGGUACCAAAGUUAUCAACAAGGUCCUAAUCGCCAACAACGGAAUAGCGGCUGUAAAAUGUAUGCGUUCGAUCCGACGAUGGUCGUACGAAAUGUUCAAGAACGAACGCGCCGUACGUUUCGUCGUGAUGGUCACUCCGGAAGAUCUAAAAGCGAACGCGGAAUAUAUCAAAAUGGCUGAUCAGUACGUACCCGUGCCAGGUGGAACCAACAACAACAAUUACGCGAACGUCGAGCUGAUCGUAGACAUCGCUGUACGCACUCAGGUGCAGGCUGUAUGGGCUGGUUGGGGUCAUGCCUCUGAAAAUCCAAAAUUGCCAGAAUUACUGCACAAAAAUAACAUGUGUUUCAUUGGGCCAUCCGAGAGAGCAAUGUGGGCCCUUGGAGAUAAAAUCGCGUCAAGUAUAGUAGCGCAAACUGCAGAUGUCCCGACACUUCCUUGGUCAGGUUCGGAACUAAAGGCACAGUACAGUGGAAAAAAGAUCAAAAUAUCUUCGGAACUUUUCAAGAAAGGAUGCGUUUCGACGGUAGAAGAAUGCUUGGCAGCAGCUAACAAAAUAGGCUUUCCUAUAAUGGUGAAAGCUAGCGAGGGAGGCGGUGGAAAAGGUAUCAGAAAGGUGGAGAACGCUGAAGAAUUGCCCACACUGUUUAGGCAGGUACAAACUGAAAUACCCGGAUCUCCGAUAUUCAUUAUGAAAUUGGCAAAAUGUGCUCGCCAUUUAGAAGUUCAAUUAUUGGCUGACAAUUAUGGAAACGCGAUAUCGUUAUUUGGUCGUGACUGUUCUAUUCAGAGAAGACAUCAAAAGAUUAUUGAAGAAGCGCCUGCUGUGGUUGCUAAACCCGAAGUCUUUGAAGAGAUGGAAAAAGCUGCUGUAAGAUUGGCCAAAAUGGUUGGAUAUGUCAGCGCAGGUACUGUCGAAUACCUGUACGACACUUCUGGACGAUAUUACUUUUUGGAAUUGAAUCCGCGUCUUCAAGUGGAACAUCCGUGUACUGAAAUGGUAUCCGAUGUUAAUUUGCCCGCGGCACAACUUCAAAUUGCUAUGGGGCUACCAUUACAUCAUAUUAAAGAUAUUCGUCUUCUUUAUGGUGAAAGUCCAUGGGGAGAUAGUGUCAUUGACUUCGAUCAACCGAGACACAAACCCCAACCAUGGGGUCACGUGAUAGCUGCGAGAAUUACUAGUGAAAAUCCUGAUGAAGGUUUUAAACCGAGUUCUGGUACGGUACAAGAACUGAACUUCCGAUCCUCGAAGAAUGUUUGGGGUUACUUCUCGGUAGCAGCUUCCGGAGGUCUCCAUGAAUUUGCAGACUCACAAUUCGGACAUUGUUUCUCUUGGGGAGAGGAUCGUAACCAGGCUCGAGAAAAUUUGGUCAUAGCUUUGAAAGAAUUGAGCAUUAGGGGUGAUUUCAGAACCACCGUCGAAUAUUUGAUUACGCUAUUAGAAACUGAAUCUUUCCAGCAGAACAAUAUAGAUACUGCGUGGCUUGAUUUGUUGAUUGCUGAACGCGUUAGAAGUGACAAACCAGAUGUAUUAUUAGCCAUAACGUGCGGUGCGCUUCAUAUCGCUGAUAGAACAAUCACUGCCGCUUUUUCUGGAUUUCAAACAGCGUUGGAGAAAGGACAAAUACAAGCCAGCAAUGAUUUAGAUAAUGUUAUCGAUGUUGAACUCAUUAACGACGGAUACAAAUAUAAAAUACAGACUGCUAAGUCAGGCCCUAAUAGUUAUUUUCUUGUUAUGAACGGUUCCUAUAAAGAAGUAGAACUACACCGACUAUCGGAUGGAGGAUUAUUGCUUUCUUUGGAUGGUGCAAGUUUCACGACUUACAUGAGGGAGGAAGUCGAUCGUUACAGGAUCAUCAUUGGAAACCAAACCUGCAUCUUCGAAAAGGACAACGAUCCUUCUUUAUUGAGGUCACCAUCAGCUGGCAAACUAAUCAGCUAUCUAGUCGACGAUGGUGGUCACGUGGACGCUGGACAAGCAUACGCAGAAAUUGAAGUCAUGAAAAUGGUAAUGACAAUAACAGCGAGCGAAGCUGGUAGCGUUUUUUAUGUUAAAAGACCAGGUGCCAUUCUCGAGGCCGGUACGUUGAUUGCUCGAUUAGAAUUGGACGAUCCAUCUCUGGUAACAAAAGCUCAGGAGUACACUGGUAAAUUCCCGGAAACUGUAGCUCCAGCAAUUUCUGAAAAAUUGAAUCAUCUUCAUGCUGAAUACAGAACAGCUUUAGAAAACACUCUCGGAGGAUAUUGUUUACCAGAUCCGUACCACGUACCUCGAGUACGAGAACUUCUUGAGAAAUUCAUGAAUUCCCUUCGUGACCCUAGCUUACCAUUGCUUGAACUUCAAGAAGUGAUCGCGACGAUAUCAGGAAGAAUUCCGAUUUCCGUAGAGAAAAAAAUCAGGAAAUUGAUGUCGCUGUACGAAAGAAACAUAACUUCUGUUUUAGCUCAAUUUCCUAGUCAACAAAUUGCUGCUGUGAUCGAUGGACAUGCAGCAAGUCUUUCCAAGCGAUCUGAACGCGACGUCUUCUUUUUAACUACCGAAGCUAUAGUGCAACUGGUACAAAGAUAUAGGAACGGAAUACGUGGAAGAAUGAAGACCGCUGUUCACGAACUACUUCGACAAUAUUACACCGUUGAAAGCCAGUUCCAACAAGGACAUUACGAUAAAUGUGUUUCUGCUUUAAUCGACGAGUACAAAGACGAUGUAGCAACAAUAACAGCUAUGAUUUUCAGCCAUAACCAAGUCACGAAGAAGAACGUUUUGGUAACUAUGCUCAUAGAUCAUCUCUGGGCGAAUGAACCUGGUCUUACGGACGAGUUAUCGAGCACGCUGACGGAACUAACGAGCCUGAAUCGUACAGAGCAUAGUCGUGUCGCGUUACGUGCGAGACAAAUUCUAAUCGCUGCUCACCAACCUGCUUACGAGUUAAGACACAACCAAAUGGAAUCUAUAUUCUUGUCAGCGGUAGACAUGUACGGCCAUGAUUUCCAUCCAGAAAACUUAGAGAAACUUAUCCUUUCCGAAACAUCUAUUUUCGAUAUUUUACAUGACUUCUUCUACCAUUCCAAUCGUACAGUUUGCAAUGCUGCUUUGGAGGUUUAUGUUCGCAGAUCUUAUAUUAGUUAUGAGUUGACUUGCGUGCAACAUCUGGAAUUGUCUGGUGAAGUACCGCUUGUACAUUUCCAAUUUUUGCUGCCUAACAAUCAUCCUAACAUACAAAACCAAUCUUCGGUUAAUCACAGAGUCGGGGCUAUGGCAGCUUUCCAAGACAUGGAUCAAUUCACCCGAUAUUCCGACGAAGUUUUCGACCUCCUAGAGGAUCUGUCUUCGAUUACCUCAACUUCAGCCAAAGUUUUAGCAGAGGCAGUAGACGCAGCUGCAAGCGAAUCGAGACACAGCACGUCCAUAAACGUAUCUUUAAGCACUGCGGAAAAUACUGGUACAGCGGAAAUGGGUGAACGAUCUGCAGAACCGGUACAUAUUUUGAGCAUUGCCGUCCAAGAGAAAGAAAAUCACGAUGAUGUUACGAUGGCGAAACUCUUUGGAGAUUGGUGCGCCGCGAACAAAGAGGAAUUAAUCUCACGAGACAUACGAAGGAUCACUUUCACUGUUUUAAAGAAAAGACAAUUCCCAAAAUUCUUUACAUACCGUCAAAGAGAUGGUUUUGUUGAAGAUAAAAUUUAUCGGCAUCUCGAGCCUGGUUGUGCUUUCCAAUUGGAAUUAAACAGAAUGAGAACUUACGAUCUUGAAGCUCUGCCAACCUCGAAUCAAAAAAUGCAUCUCUACCUUGGCCGGGCUAAGGUUGCCAAAGGACAACAAGUCACGGAUUAUCGUUUCUUCAUUCGUUCCAUUAUAAGACACUCUGAUCUUAUCACGAAGGAGGCUAGUUUCGAUUAUCUUCACAACGAAGGUGAACGUGUACUAUUAGAGGCUAUGGAUGAAUUAGAAGUCGCGUUCUCGCAUCCGCUUGCUAAGCGUACGGAAUGCAAUCAUAUCUUUCUAAAUUUCGUACCCACAGUUAUUAUGGAUCCAGUAAGAAUAGAAGAAAGCGUGACCAGUAUGGUACUGAGGUAUGGCCCGAGAUUAUGGAAAUUACGAGUACGUCAGGCUGAGAUUAAAAUGACGAUUCGGCCAGCACCAGGGAAGCCAACGUCUAUUUUACGUUUGUGCAUUGCCAACGAUAGCGGAUAUAGCAUAGAUUUGCAUCUUUAUAUGGAGGCAACCGAUCCAAAGACUGGUAUCAUUCGUUUCGAAUCUUAUCCUUCUUCGACGGCAAAUGGUACCUGGAGACCAGGACCUAUGCAUGGUCUACCAAUUUCUACGCCAUAUCUAACCAAAGAUUAUCUUCAAGCAAAACGGUUCCAAGCACAAAGUUCUGGCACAACGUAUGUAUAUGAUUUACCAGACAUGUUUAGACAACAAACCGAAAAAAUGUGGAUUAAACACAUAGAAGAAAGGCCACAAUGCAAUAUAACUAUUCCAAAUCCUGUGAUGGAUUGCGUGGAAUUAGUAUUAGAGGGUGACAAUUUAGUGGAACAAAAACGACUCCCUGGUGAGAACAACGUUGGUAUGGUUGCUUGGAGAUUAAGACUUUAUACACCAGAAUAUCCAGUAUCUGGUCGAGACAUUAUACUGAUAGCAAACGAUUUGACACAUUUGAUUGGUUCUUUUGGUCCGAAGGAAGACUUAGUGUUCUGCAGAGCGUCUGAAAGAGCUAGACAGCUUGGAAUUCCUCGAAUAUAUUUCUCUGCAAAUUCUGGCGCUCGCAUUGGUCUAGCAGAGGAAGUGAAAGCGUUGUUCAGAAUUGCUUGGGAGGAUGAGGAUGAACCGGAGAAAGGAUUUAGAUAUAUAUAUUUAACACCAGAUGAUUACGCGCGUUUAGCACCGCUUAAUUCAGUGAAAACUUCGUUGAUCGAAGAUAAAGGAGAAUCUCGUUACAAGAUUACCGAUAUUAUUGGUAAAGAUGAUGGUCUUGGUGUAGAAAAUUUAAAAUACGCUGGUAUGAUUGCCGGAGAAACAUCGAAAGCCUAUGACGAAAUCGUUACGAUUUCCAUUGUAUCUUGUAGAGCGAUUGGUAUUGGCGCUUACCUAGUACGUCUUGGACAAAGGGUCAUCCAAAUAGAAAAUUCUCACAUCAUUUUAACUGGUUACAAAGCACUGAAUACUGUGUUAGGCCGUGAAGUAUACGCUAGUAAUAAUCAGUUAGGUGGUAUACAAAUUAUGCAUAAUAAUGGGGUAUCACAUGCAACAAACGUAAGGGACCUAGAGGGUGUUGCCACUGCUUUAAGAUGGUUAAGCUACUGUCCCAAAUUUAAGGGUGCACCCCUUCCUAUAUUAUCAGCACCAUUUCCUGAUCCAGUCGACAGAGAAAUCAUGUAUGUUCCUACAAAAGCAGCAUAUGACCCGAGAUUCAUGCUCGAAGGUAGAAUACAAAAUGGUACAAAUUAUUGGGAAAGUGGAUUCUUCGAUCGUGGCUCUUGGCAGGAAAUCAUGAGGCCUUGGGCUCAAACUGUAGUAACUGGACGAGCAAGAUUAGGCGGAAUACCUUGCGGUGUUAUUGCAGUAGAAACAAGAACCGUUGAGUUGCACUUACCUGCUGAUCCUGCUAAUCUCGAUUCAGAAGCUAAAACGAUAUCUCAGGCAGGACAAGUAUGGUUCCCUGACAGUGCAUACAAAACUGCUCAAGCUAUCAAAGACUUUGGAAAAGAAGAGCUUCCACUUUUAAUUUUUGCUAAUUGGAGAGGAUUUUCUGGUGGAAUGAAAGACAUGUACGAGCAAAUUAUCAAAUUCGGUGCUUAUAUUGUGGAUGGCUUACGAGAAUAUACCAAACCAAUAUUUGUAUAUAUUCCACCAAAUGGAGAACUAAGAGGUGGUGCUUGGGCUGUCGUUGAUCCAACGAUAAAUCCUCGCUACAUGGAAAUGUUUGCUGACAAUACAAGCAGAGGUGGAGUUUUAGAACCUGGUGGAAUAGUAGAAAUCAAGUUUAGAGCUAAAGACAUAAUUAAAGCUAUGCAUAGGGUUGAUUCAGUAAUACAGAAGCUUAAAGAAAAUCUAGCCAAUGCAAAUUCAGCUGAAGAACGAACAGACAUUGAAAGCCAAAUUCGUAAGAGAGAACAACUUUUAGAACCUAUGUAUCGGCAAGUAGCAGUUCACUUCGCGGAUCUUCAUGAUACACCAGAGAGAAUGUUUGAGAAAAAUACCAUUCAUGAUAUUAUUCCAUGGAAAAAAGCACGCAGACUGCUUUAUUGGCGACUUAGAAGAAGACUUUUGGAGGAUGAAAUAAAGAAGGAAAUUCUAUCAACCCAACACACUUUGGACGUUAGACAAGUCGGUGCAAUGUUGCGUAGAUGGUUUAUAGAAGACAAAGGUGCCACAGAAUCUUAUCUGUGGGAUCAAGAUGAAGCUGCAACGAAUUGGUUGGAGAAUCAACGUCAAGAUGAAAAUAGUGUUGUUUCCCGUAACAUCACUUGUGUAAGACAAGACGCAAUCGUUUCUCGAGUCAAAGAGGCCCUUGAAACUUGUCCAGAAGUGAGAUUAAAUGCAAUUUUAGAAAUUGCGCACAGAUUACAACCAGCAGAACGUGCAGAAUUGCAAAGAACUUUAUUACAGAUAGAAACGACCACACAGGAACACCACAAUGAUUCAAGUGCUUCGUCCUAAUGUUUUUCUAAAUUAAGAAAAAUCUCUUGUCUAUCUGCGUACCUGGUGUAUGUAGUUCUACAUCUUAGAAUUAAUUGUACAGAUACUCGUUAUUCUUGUUAAUAGCAAAUUGUACGGGAGUAGUAUAAUUUUUGGAAAGUUAAUAAUUGUUUCUAUCGAUAGCGUUACUUGAUGAUAGAAAGUAAUCGAACUCGUGUCUUAUUCAAGUUCAAUGGUGAUGCUAUCGAGUGUCAGACAGUAUCACUGCCGUCUCCUAAACCAUGGCAAAACGUGCCCUUUGUUUAUAAUGAGUGUAUUCAUGAAUAUAGAAAUUAUAUUGCACAUAUGCGUACAUACAUAUAUAUAAAUAAAUAAAUAAGUAAUAUAUAUGUGUUUAUUUAUUUAUAUGUAUAUGCAUGUAUGUAUGUGUAUUUUUUUUAGAAAAAAGUUUGUUCAUUGCGUUUACUUUUACCGAAUGACUAAUGUGUACAUCGAUAUUUCCCAUUUCCGUCGAAAAAAGGAAAACAGAUCGAUGGGUAAUUUUUAAAGUACGAAGUACUAUUUUUCCAAUCGUG